AUGCAGGAUGUUCGUGAUAACAACGGAGAAAAGAAUGAAAAACCCACCAUACAAUUAGCAGUUAGUGGAACGCAAAACACUAAGCUUAGCGAAGAAUGCGAUGCUGAUAAACCGAAAUUCAAGGAAGUGGACCUCAACGAUAAUAAAAAUCUUAAGAAAAUGGAUCUCAUCGAUAAUAAAAAUCCAAAGCAAAACGAAAUAAAUCAGCAAUUAGCGAAGUCGUUCAUUGCGGAAUUUACUCAAAAAAGUACGUCAAAGAGUGGGAAAGAACCAUCUGCUUGUAAAAAUGGAUCAGUGAUACGUGAUAACACACUUGAAGAAAUACCCCGUGAUAUGCCAAAAUACGAUUCACUAUAA